GGACGUAAAUCUAAGUUCGACGCAAAUUCCGAUCCGGGAACAACGUGUAAACCCGGCUAUGUCCGUAUCAAUCACGAAGCGUGACCAACAUCCUUCGACAGAUGUUAAUGUAAGCCGAGAGCAAGUUUUGAGUAAUGUUUCUCUUACCGGACGCGACCAACAACGCUUACCUGUCGAACAGAAUCAACCUAUACUUAAUGAAUCACGUCCUAAUAUCGAUCCUCGUGCCAAUUUAUCACACAGCGGCCAUGCAGUUAGAGCAUCAUUAUCAUUGAAUAAUCACCGAGAUACUACACCUUAUCGACGUCCAACAAACGCCAAUAACAUAGCUGGGCUCGGCCUUGUUCAAACCGCAAGAGUGACAUCAUCGCCUUUACAAGGAGGAACGGCUGGAAUUGUUCCUACAAAUGUUCAUUUAAAUAGUCAUAUGCAACUUUCUCAGAUGACACCACAAAUUACCACAAGACAGCUAUCCGGAAAUACACAAGCUAAUGUUACAUCAGCAAUAAGUGGUGUUGAACUUACUCGGACUUCUUCAAACCCUGGAAUAAUUAUGAACAAUCCAACCCCGGUGCUUACUCGGACGCCAUCAAAUCCCGGAAUGAUGGCGAACAGUGUAACACCAGGACUUUCUAGAACGCCUUCAAAUCCGGGAAUUAUGAUGAAUGGUACGUCACCUAGACUCACUCGAACUCAUUCAAAUUCUGGAAUAAUUAUAAACACUGCAACUCCGGUGAUUGAUCCUAGAAGACUUCAACGAACACCUUCCACGCAAGGGAUCAUGAUGAACAUUACCUCUCCUCUAUCACGAUCAUCAUCUAAUUCAGGAAUGAUUAUAAACAAUUCUGUUUCAUUGAUAGAUCCAAAUAAGAUUAGUAAUGGUGCUGCUUUA